CAGGUUUCCGGUGUUAUGGCGACCACCGCCAACAUCAUCUUCGCUUCGGUCUGGAGGAUAGCAGGCUGUGCGUUCAGGGUGCUGUGAAGAGCGGCGGCUAUCUCACAUGUCUGUGUAAUUCUGACUAUGCUGCUCUUGGUAGCACUGGGCACCGUUUUUUCUUUCACUGUGGUCACCACUGAGAAGGCUGAGAACACCAACCACAAACCACCAGCACCGCUGCUCAACUACAGCAGGAUCUCCCUGCCGCCAGAGCACGUACCCUACUUCCUCUUCAACAACAAGAGGGUGGCCAAGCAAUGCCGCCUGGACCCACUCUGCCCCUUUAAAGAUGUGCUGCAGGAUCUGUCUGCCUGUUGGGGUUAUGAGAAGAACUGUGAUCCAGGGAAGCGCUUUAGUUAUCCAGUCUGUACCAAAGCAGACUCUGGAUGGGCCCGUUCACUGGAGGCAGCCCAGGAGCUUUUCUGGAAGCAGGCUGAUUUUGGCUACGUCAAAGAACGCCUCUCUGAGCUCAACACACUCUGCAAGGCCAGCAAGCCAGGGGACUCAUCAUUAAGAUGUAGCAGCCACACACGAUUCUGUAAGGCAACUAAUCUUUACCUGGACUUGCGUAAGCCGCGCAGAAGUCAUGAGAGAUACAAGGAGGACUUCAUUCAGAGUGGUGAGAUUGGUGGUCGGUGCAGACUGAACAAGCGAGCGCUCACUGCUGAGGGAGAGCACAAGAGCCCCUUACAAUCUUGGUAUGCUGAGCUGCAGACAUACACUGAGCUGGACUUUCAUCCCAUUGAGGACGCACACUGUGACAUCAUCAUUGAAAAACCCACUGUUUUCAUGAAACUGGAUGCUGGAGUGAACAUGUACCACCAUUUCUGUGACUUUGUCAACCUCUACAUCUCCCAGCACAUUAACAACUCCUUCAGCUCAGAUAUUAACAUCAUCAUGUGGGACACGAGUUUUUAUGGUUAUGGAGAUCUGUUCAGUGAAACAUGGAGGGUUUUCUCAGACUACGACAUCAUACACCUGAAGACCUAUGACUCAAAAAGAGUGUGUUUUAAAGAUGCCUUCUUCUCCCUCCUCCCGAGAAUGAGAUAUGGCCUCUUUUAUAACACACCUCUCAUCUCAGACUGCUACAGUGAAGGGAUGUUUAGAGCGUUCUCCCAGCAUGUCCUUCAUCGACUGAAUAUCCCACAAAAUGGGCCAAAGGUAGGAACAUAGUCUUUUAGUUAACAC